CGGGCAGCGGCGGACAACCCGUGCCCGCCCCACCUCCAAUCACAGACCGCGAAUAGGCCUCACGUGACUUGCAAGGUUGCAGCGCGUGACGGUGAGGGCGGGGCGACGGGCCGAGGAGCCGUGGCGGUGGGCUGCCGAGAUGAUUUCUCUUGUGGUUUUGAUUCUGGUAGUUCACGUCUUUGUUGCUGAAUCUGCUCCAGCCGAGGAUGAGAUUAUUUACCUCCCAGGCCUUGUCAAACAAUCCAGUUUCAGGCAAUACUCUGGGUACCUGAAUACAUCUGAAAAUAAACACCUCCACUACUGGUUUGUGGCGUCUCAGGGGCAUCCUGAACGUGAUCCUGUGGUGCUCUGGCUGAAUGGAGGCCCAGGCUGCAGCUCCUUGGAUGGACUUCUAAACGAACAUGGCCCCUUCUUGAUCCAACCUGAUGGGAAGACACUCCAAUACAAUCCUUACUCCUGGAACAUGAUUGCGAAUAUGCUAUACCUUGAGUCACCGGCAGAGGUUGGAUUUUCCUACGAUGAUAACAAGCAAUACCGAACCAAUGAUACUGAGGUUUCAUUUAAUAAUUACCUUGCCGUGAAAGAAUUCUUCCGGCUUUUCCCGGAAUACAAGAAGAAUGAAUUCUAUAUCACUGGAGAGAGUUAUGGAGGAAUCUACGUACCAACACUAGCAGAGCGUGUCAUGACUGACUGGCAAAUUAAUUUUAAGGGAAUGGCAGUCGGAAAUGGAUUGUCUAGCUGGGAGUACAACGACAACUCUUUGGUUUACUUUGCAUACUACCAUGGGCUGUUGGAAUCUUCGCUUUGGUCUGAUCUUCAGAAGUUCUGCUGUUCUGGGGGAAAAUGCAACUUCCAUAAUAAUAAAGAUCAGAACUGUAUGUCAAAGGUUAUGGAGGUGAUGUACCUUGUGUGGUAUUCGGGUCUGAAUGCAUACAACCUGUAUGCUGAUUGUAUUGGGGUAGUUCCAGGCAAAACCCGCUUUGAUGAAAAUCAGAAGCAACUGGUUAUUCAUGAUUUGGGAAUCCUAUUUCCCAAAAAUGAAAUGAGUCUUUUGUGGCGGAAGAAGCUGCAGGGCUUGUUUCAGAGCCACAUGGAUGUCCGAUUGGACCCCCCAUGCACCAACACCACUGCCUGCUCCAACUACUUGAAUGACCCAAAUGUACGAAAGGCUCUUCACAUUCCACCAUUUGUGCAGAAAUGGGAGAUGUGCAGUGCCAAAGUGAAUCAGAAUUAUCAAACUCUCUACAGUGAUAUGAAGGAGCAAUACCUGAAACUGUUGGCUGCCAGGAAAUACCAAAUCCUAGUGUAUAAUGGAGAUGUGGACAUGGCCUGCAACUUCAUGGGAGAUGAGUGGUUUGUGGAUUCACUUCAGCAGAAGAUCCAAGUGAACCGCAGGACUUGGCUGUAUAAAGAUGAGAAUGGUGAUCAGGUGGGAGGGUUCGUCAAGGAAUAUGGCAACCUUACUUUCCUGACUAUAAAGGGAGCGGGUCACAUGGUGCCAUCGGACAAACCAAAAGCUGCCUUUACGUUCUUCAGUCACUUUUUGCGCAAGGAGCCAUAUUGAGACAACUAGCAAGAAUUCCACCAGAAAGUGUAAACCUUGGGUAGCAUUUCUGGGCAAGUGUGCACUGAAGUAGGGUGAGGGUUUGGAGUGUGUUCUGAGGCAGUAUCUGGAAACAUUGAAUUGAUGUGGGCAGUGAACAAUUUCUGAAAUCUCAGCUACACCCCAGAGAAAGCUGCUAUCUCUGAACACACUCUUCAGCAGAGUUGUUUUCAAUGUGGAAGACACCUCUGCAAAGAUUAAGCACUCCUAGGCUGUGUCUUACAAUUAUUGGCACACUCCUGGGAUUGAUCUACCUGCAAUUAUGGAUACACUCCUGGAGACUGACCUCCCUGCAAUCAAAAUCUCAGAUUCUUGAUCUUGGCAAUCAUUUCAAAAACUUAAAUGAAUGGUGAUUUUAAUAUAGAAAAUUAUAAUAAUUCCUAACCUGCUUGAGGGAAUGAAUGAUACUAGAAAUUCAAAUGAACUGCAAAUUCCUCUGUAUUAAAGAAAUCAGGCAGACUUCUUAGCAAGAAAUGUAAACUUGAUGAAUGAAGAGGUAAACACAACCUUUCAAGUUAGCUUUAAGGUUUGUACUACUAAACUUUGUGUUUGUGUUUCUGACAUUUGCUGUUAAAUAAUUUGUGCUGUGCUUCAAUUUCUCUUGUAAAUCUGGACCAAUAAGGCCCAUGGGAAAACUUCUAGGGUGCCAUCUGACCUGCACUAUUUGUGCAUUGGAGCUUUACUUCUAUAAUUGUAUUCUCCUGUAAAGAAGGAGCCAGUGUAUAUUAGCUUCUGGAUAACCUUUUCCCAAAUUUGAAUACACAACAAGUUAUAAUUUGGAAUUCAUUGUCUGAAAGGGUGAUGGUAGUAUUUUCAGUCAUAACUCAAACCAGUUGGUUAUCUACUUGAAAACAUGAGGCUGUGUGGAAUAGGGGAUUAAUUGAGUUCUUUUAAAUUGCUAACACAGAUUUGAUGGGGUGAGUGGUCUUCUGGUACACAUUCACUCUAGUAAAUGGAUUUAAUUUUGAUGUAGUUUCCUCUUUUUAAAUGGAUAUACAUGCAAUUUGAGGGGUGGAAAAGGCUGGAGCUUGGGAAAAUGACAAGAAAUGAGAAAGAAUAUUGGUACCAAUCAAUGAAUGGAAAGGUAGACUCUGCUUUUACUGAAAACCUUCCUCAAAUUUGCACUUCGAUUUAAUUUCCUCGCUGCUGAGAGUACUUUUUCAUUCUGACAUGAUUUGCAUUUACGAUAAUUAUGUCCUAGAGUGAAGAAUCAAAUGCUAUAGAUGCAUAGAAGAAUUAGAAGCAGAAAGGGCAAUCAUUUGAAGGAUGAAUUGUGCAAUAGAGUGGCAGUGAAGGCCUUCAGUGUCAAUAAUGCAAAGAAGCCAGACAGGGAGAAUACUGUGCUGGAUUGAGGGAUGGUACACAGACAGGUUGACUUCUGUAGUAAGGGCAGAUGUUCAGUACAGGUCAUCCCCAGGUUACAAACAGGUUCCAUUUUUACCAAAGGUCAAAUUUGUCCAUAAGUUGGAGACUAUGUCUGUACUUAAACAAAAUCACUCAAUAUGGUAACCAUAUUUCCAUAGAACUGAGGUAGAUGCAACUAGUUCUAGAGAUGCUGCUGAGGUGGAGGCGACUGGUUCUGAUUUCCUUUCAAACUUCUUUUUAAAAAAAACAUAUCAAGUGAAGACUGAACUGCUGUUUUUCUCUUCUAAAAUUUAUUUGUAGCAUCGAGUACUCUCAUUGAAACCUCUACAAGCCUUGGUGCAUCUUGCUAAGUUUGGGUCUUGCUCUUCUAGCAUUGCCAAACCUUCAAAUUUCUUCAAAGCUGCUGCCAAUCCUUUUGUAGUGAUACUUCAGUUUCUGGGGUUUCAAUUUCGCAUUAUUUUUCCUCUUCUAACAGCUUUUCCAGUUCCAUAAGGUCUUCAUUGCUUAGCUCUUCAGCAUGAGAUUCAAGCCAAGCAAGUCAAUGACGUUGUCCUCAAUCUCAAGCUGAAUUUGAUUACCAAGGGCCACCACUUUCUCCUUCACAUCUAUUGUCUCGGAAAAACCUCGGAAAUAAUGAACAAAGUUAGGACAAAGUUUCUUCCAUGCACAAUUCAUAUUUAUUUGCUUUACCUCAGCCCAAGCAUCUGCAGUAUUCUUUACUGCAUUGUAGAAGUUGUAUGAUUUCCGAAAUUCCCUUGAAGUCUUGCCUUCUGCUGCAUCGGUUACUUUAAUAGCUUGAGAAAAUGUCUUACGAAGGUAGUAUGCUUUAAAAGAUGCAAUUACACCUUGAUCCAUUGGUUGGAGAAUGGCUGUUGUGUUUAGUGACAUUUGGAUGAAAAUCAUCCAAAAAUGUAGGAUGCCUGCAGGCAUUAUCGAGAGCCAAUAAAAUCUUGAAUUGCAAAUCCUUGGAAGCACAAUCUCUCUCCAACUCAGGAACAAAAUGGUUUAUGAACCAGUCUUCAAAAAGGGCCAACGUCAUCCAAGCUGUUCUGUUGGACUUCCAGAUGACUGAAAGAGAUGCCUUCCACAUCCCAAGGGUUCUUGGAUGGAUGGAUAAACAAAGGCCUAAGUUUGCAAUCUCCUGCAGCAAUAAGGUCAGUCUCCCCUGCAGCAGUUUUUUCCUCCCUCGCAGUAGGUUUGGGCAUACGUUUCCAGUGUAAUCCAGUCACUUCUACGUUGAACACUUGUUCAGCACAAUAAACCCCUCCCUAAUUAUCUGAACCAAAGCAUCAGGAAAUGUACUCGCUGCAGCAGAGUGAGCACUUUAACAUUAUGAAAAUUGGCCCUUGUCUUUAAAUCUGUUAAACCACCCUCUACUUGAAACAAAUUCUUCACUUUCAUUACUGUGUUUUUUCUUCAAAUCUUUGAACAGGCAUUUUGGUUUGUUUUGACUUAUCAGGCUAACAGGUAUUCGGAAUUGAUUUUGAUCUUCACGCCAAAUCACCAGAAGUUUUUCCAUUUCAAUUAUUAAACCACUUCACUUUUUUGUAAUGAUCAGAGCCGAUCCUUUAACAUGCUCAAGAAUGUGUGCUCUGUGGUGCCUAUCAUUGAACGACUGAAACCGAACUCUUUGCCAAUUUUUGAUGGCAUUUCUCCCUUUUCAUUUUGUUUAAUUAUAUCCAUUUUAACUUAAAUUGUGAUGAUUUUCUUUUUCUUAGAUGCACUACCAUCACGUAUGUCUUUUUUGCUUUUGGGAGGCAUGGUAAUAGCAAAAUACUAAGAAUUAUGCAGCACGGCACCUGUACAGUGUAAAGAAUCACAAAUACUGUUUCUCGAUAUGGCGCUCUCAAGAUGACUAGCAUUGGUAUGGGAGACUGAAGUGUUCCUGUCAAGUGUUCUCAUUCAUCCAAUGCACAAAGAAAACUGCCAUUUGUAGGAAUGAAAGUGUGUACAUAAGUCGGACUUUUGGAUUUAUGGGAGCUUGUCUGCAUGUAUGGGUUGUCCAUAAGUCCAGUGUUUGUACAUUGGCCUUUCCCAAUUCCUAGGUGUUCUUAUAAAUUGGGCAGGGUGGCUCUAAUGUAUUCCAAUGCUUCCGAAGUAGAAGGAUCCUAUUUUCUGCACCCAUGUAUUUUCUCUGUGAAAUGAUUUGGACAACUGUGAUAUCUAUGGUCUAUGCUUUGGAAGAGGAUAGUAAUCCCAAAGUAUGCAACACUAUUUCUUCAAAUAUAGUAAUUUUAAUAAAAAUGUUACUUUUGCACACUGGUUUCUUAAGGCUGAAAGGGACAAUUUAUGAUUAACUUGUUUACUGACCAUCAGCUUUGACUCAUUUGCCACAUUUUUUCUCUACAGCUCUUAUUGUACAACCUCUUGUUGCCAUUGUAAUACACCUUGAAUCAGUUUUGUUUCACUCUCUUUACCCAUUCUGCCUAUCUUCCUGUUAAGCCCCCUAUCACCAUUGAUGCACUUAUAGGAAGUGGACUAAGGUGGCUUGAAAUGACUCGUAACUUGCACAAUCUCCAGGGUCAGGAGUGUGUGAAUGGCAGGAACAGCAGGGGUAACAAUAAAUGAAUGGGUUGCACCAUAAUGGAGGAAGAAUAAUGUAUGCAAUAGCUGAAAACAUUGGGAAGUAUAAUUAUCAAGAACCAGCACUUUUCCCCUUGAUCCAAUAAUGUGUCUAAGCACUACCCAACUUAUUUCAGUAGACUAUACUUUCAUUUUGUUGUGAAGGCAGGAGAACUUUAGAUUUUAUAGCAUUUCCCCUGGGAUCUAAGCACUUUACACUGCAAAUGUACUUCAUUGGUUCAGUCACUACUGUGGCAAAAUGUCAGAAAAUAUAUGCACAGCAAGCACCUAAAAACAGCAAAUGAGAAUUGACCUGUUAAUCCAUUUGGUAGCGUUAGUUGAGGGGGGAACACUGGAUAAACACUGCAGAACUACUUCAACUAACACAUUGGAAUUUUUACGUACAGCUGAUAUGAUGGGACCUUUGUUUAAUGACUCGAGCAAAUAAAUGAUUUUUAUCUCA